AUGAUGGCCAACAAGAGCUCCUCAGAGGGCUUCAUUCUGAUAGGUGUAUCUGACCACCCCCAGUUGGAGAUCAUUUUUUUUACAGUCAUCCUCAUCUCUUACUUGAUGACACUCAUUGGGAACUCAACCAUUAUCCUGCUUUCCCGCCUAGAUGCCCGGCUCCACACACCCAUGUACUUCUUCCUCAGCAACCUCUCCACCCUGGACCUUGCCUUUACUACCAGCUCGGUCCCCCAAAUGCUGGUCAACUUAUGGGGUCCAGAAAAGACCAUUACCUAUGGUGGCUGUGUGACCCAACUCUAUGUUUUCAUUUGGCUAGGGGCUACUGAGGGCACCCUGCUCAUGGUGAUGGCAUUUGACCGCUAUGUGGCCGUUUGCCGCCCCCUACACUAUACCACCAUCAUGAACCCUCGGCUCUGCUGGCUGCUGGCUGUCCUUGCCUGGUUGGGUGGCUUAGGCAACUCUGUGAUCCAGUCAACAUUCACUCUGCAGCUCCCAUUGUGUGGGCACCGGAGGGUGGACAACUUUCUGUGUGAGGUGCCUGCCAUGAUCAAAAUGGCCUGUGGAGACACCAGUCUCAAUGAGGCUUUGCUCAAUGGUGUCUGCAGCUUCUUCACUGUUGUGCCCCUAAGUGUGAUCCUGGUCUCCUACUGCUACAUUGCUCAAGCAGUGUUGAAGAUUCGCUCAGAGGAGGCAUGGCGAAAGGCCUUUAACACAUGUUUCUCCCAUCUGGUGGUCGUGUUCCUCUUCUAUGGCUCUGCUAUCUAUGGGUAUUUGCUUCCAGCUAAGGCUGGUAACCAGGACCAGGGCAAAUUCAUUACCCUUUUCUACUCCGUGGUCACACCUAUGGUGAAUCCUCUCAUCUACACUCUAAGGAACAAGGAGGUGAAGGGGGCGCUGAGAAGGCUGCUGGGGAAAGUAAGGAAAGUGGGCUGA